AUGAUUGCCGUUAUACUGUGCGCGUGUCCAUUUUUCUUUAUUUUCUUCAUUAUUUUUCUCAUUGAUGCCAGAAACACUUUUGCAAGUAAAUGGAAAUUAAAUUUACCCGUCUGGAUAUAUACCUACUCUAGUCACAGCACUUUAUACCAAAGAAAUGAAUUCGGAAAACUGAUAACACGGCACUUGGUGGUGGCUUUCCAACGGAUUUCGUGGGGAAUUAUGGGAGUCGAGUACAUCCGCAGAGACGCUCGACGUGGACUGCAAUACAAACAAAGUGCACAUGUUCAGGAUAUUAUCUGGCGACGCAAACUGUGUGACAUCUACAUUGCAGAUCCGAGUGACUUCAUCUCUAUCCACAACUGUUUCAAGCACCCGACUUACGUGCUAAAACAGAACGUUUCACUCUACUGCCUCACAAAAGACGAAGCUGUAUUUGUGGAAACAUCAUCUACGGUGGAUAUCUACAGCUGUGACACAAGUCCGUUUUUUCACAAUUCACAGUUCCUGCACGCCGAAAAGAUCAUAACUAUACCGUUGGCUUCGUUCCACAAGAUGGCAUCCGACUUAGGUGAGCCACGAAUGCCAGUGAUUUGGAUUUCAAGGACUUGGCGUUGCGGUUCGGCUAUUAUGCGGCAGAUGUUUGAAAACGUUCCUAAUGUGAUUGUUAUUGGGGAGCCUGAUGCCCUAACUAGCCUUAGCAAUCUGGAAAGAGAAAAAAAAAUAUCAAAAGCAGAAUACAAACAGCUGUUAACCAGUACCAUACGAGUAUUGUGCAAACCAAAUGAUCGUGCCAAUAUGAUAUGUAUCAAAACAAGGCCAUGCUGCUUUCGCAUGGUCAAAGAUGUCUAUGCAAUGGUACCGUCAGUGGGCCAUAUCUUCAUGUACCGAAACAGCUUGAAGACAGUUUCAUCAGUGAUUAACACAACGUUGAAUUCAAACGUUCUUUUUCAACUCAUCCGCUUUAUAGCUGACAGUAAUGCUCUGUCAAAGGUGUUCCCAUGCGUUCGGCGUAGUUUGUACGACUUGUUCAGCCAUAUUGACAAGAGCGACACGACAUUGAAAGACUUAGCUCCCAACCUCAGCACAGUCGGUAUUAUAACAGCCGGCUGGGCGUCCAGCGUUUCGCGUUGUGAAGAGCUCCGCAUGUAUGGCGUUCCUGUACUACCUGUAAUUUGUGAAGAUCUCAUCAAAUAUCCACGUCAGUGUUGCGAGAUCUUGUUUGAACUCUUCAAUAUCUCGCAUGAACAUGUUACGUUAGCUGUUGACGGUUUCCGAAAAGAUACUAGACGGACGUCAACUAUCCUUGCUCGGCUUCCGACUAAGAGCGAAUCACGUAGAGAUAUUGAUCCAGACAAGCGUUCUGAAGCGGACGCCAUCUUAAAGAAAUAUUCUCUACCCAGAUUAGGGGAAAGAUAUCAGAUAUCUGGCGUAUUGAGUAUAGAUUAG